AUGAGCUCAACGCUUAAAGAAACGAGUAAACCAAGUGUUGAGAGCUGUCUAAACAAGCUAUACGCCGAUCUUUUCCAUCUCGUCAGCUCGUAAGUUUCAUUUUCUUUCAAAUUUACUAUUUCUUCUUUCACAAUAAAGUUCGCAUCGUUUUUCAGCGUGGAAAAAAGUAGUGGUUCUGAGCUGACUUUACGUCUCCGGAACGUCGAGGCAGAUAUCACGACCUUCAAAGAUCUCAUCAAAAACAUUCCGGAUAUCGGAAUUGAAGAAGACAAGCAGAGAAAGAAGAUUGCCGCUCUCUACAAGCAGAUUGAACAGAAGGAUGAGCUCAUCCAGUCCCUCGCAGCAUUCAGCCUCGACGGUAAUCUUUGAAAUGUCUGCCGAUAAGUCAAUAUUUUUUUCCAGAUUAUCUCAACCAACCAGCCGCAAAGUCCAGCAGAGAAUCCCGCAACGGAAGUGAAGACAAAUGA